ACACAACGCGAGCGAUUUUUUAGCUCAGUUCAGUUGUUCGAGAAACUUUGCACGAAACAAAAGCGAAAAUCGCACGCGGCAGAAACAGCAAGCGGAAUACACAGUUAAAACCAAAAAUGUUCCUUUACCCGCGGCGGCUAAGUGGCAGCCUGUUGGUGGUGGUGCUUCUCGUAUUGGCGCUAACCACCGAUGAUGUGCAUGCCAAGUGGAAGUCCAGUGGCAGCAGGAGUUCCACUUCGAGCAGAGGUUCCAGUUCGGGCAGACGGACCUCUUAUCCAGCUCCUUCUUAUCACCCAGCUCCAGCCCACCAUGCGGCUCCCUCGUAUCAUGCACCACCCGCUUACCACGCACCACCGGCGCACCACCCAGCUCCGUCGCACCACGCCAAUGCGGACAACGUGAAGCUGAGCUACGGCGGUGGAACCCAAUCGCAGCCCAGCAGGGUGGCCAGUUCCCAGACGCACAGUGCAGCCCCCUCCGCCCCUGCCGCGCCCAUCGGCUGGAAUGUGCCGGCCAAGCCGCAAGGACCACCGCCAGCGUACUCCGCCUCGAAUCCCGUGGGCGGAGCUCAUACCAACAUAAACGAGCGUCCGCCGGCCUACAAUCCGUCGUACAAGCCGGCACCGCCCAGCUAUACGGCUGCCACCCAGACGCACAACACGAAUCUGCAGAGCCAACCUCGUCCAGCUGGAGCAGCUAGUCCCAGCUCGAGUCCGGGUGGCUACUAUGGAGGAGCACACUCCAGCACUGCUUAUCGUGGUCGCAGCAACUCCACCGGUGGCUAUGGCUCAUCGGGUGGCUACCAACCCAUCACGGCCACCAAUGCCCACAAUGUGCAGUCGAGCUAUCCGCGUCAGCAGUUGCCAGCCGGAGCCACCUAUCAUCCGGCGGGACAGAUUCCAGCCGGGGCCACUUACCACCCGGCGGGUCAGAUUCCGGCUGGUGCCAGCUAUCAUCCCGCGGGCGGAUAUCCAGCCGGAGCCUCGUACCACCCGGCUGGCCAGGUGCCCCACGGAGCCACCUACUAUCCGCAGGGUCAGAUUCCGGCCGGAGCCACUUAUCACCCAGCCGGGGGCUAUCCGCACGGAGCCAGCUACUAUCCACAAGGACCACCAGUGGCCGCAGGAGUGCCGCCAGGCGCCACCUUCCUGCCCGCCGGAGGAGCCCUGCCCGCCGGAGCUGUUUUCUAUCCCCAGGCGCCGCAAAAGUCCUCCUCGGGCUUGGGAUUGGGCACUGGUCUCAUUGCUGGAGCCUUGGGUGGAGCCAUCCUGGGUCACGCCCUUACUCCCACCCAGACACGUGUGGUGGAUCACUCCUACUCUGGCGGUGGUGGUGGUGGAGGCGGUGGCUACAACCAGGGUGGCGACGACAAGAUCAUCAUUAUCAACAACGGACCACCCGGAUCGGUGACCACCAGUGAUGUGGGAUCUGGCACUACGGUGAUAAACACUGGCGGAAGCCAAGCAGCGGCUGCUCCUUCGCUGCCAGUGCCACCUGUAUAUGCAUCUCCUCCGGCUCCUGGCCCGCAAUCUCCUCCUGUUCCACCAGCACCUGGAGCUGUUCCAUUGGCACCUUUGGGUCCUGUUCCGGAAACUCCAGUUGCUGCCGGAAUUCCACUAGCUGCCGGAACUCCAGUUGCUGCCGGAACUCCAGUUGCACCCGGAACUCCAGUUGCUGCCGGAACUCCAGUUGCUGCCGGAACUCCAGUUGCUCCCGGAACUCCUGCUGCUCCGGCGGAUCCCAAUGCCCCAAUUCCUCCUGCACCUGGCGCCGCCGCUGACCCCAAUGCCCCACCAGCUGGACAGAUUAUCUGUGUGCCCGUGAAAGUGCCACAACCUGAUCCCAACGAUCCCACCAAGACGAUAGAGGUGGACCAGGUGGCCUGCUAUCCAGCCCCACCGCCGGAAACUGCUACUCCGGCCAAUGGAACCGCACCAGCCGUCGAGGGAGCUGUGCCCGCUCCCGUCUCUGCCCCAGGAUCAGUUCAACUGGCUCCCUUCCAAGUCACCACACCCGUGACCGUUCCCGAGGGUUCGGUGCCCUUGGCUCCUCUGAUCCCCGGCGGUCAGCCUGACAUAAUGAAGAUGCCGGGUCUCACCUCGGCUCGACUGUCGGCGGAGUCGGGCCUGAAGGAUGCACACAGUGUGGCCGGACGAUCCUUUGGACACUUUAGCCUCAUCUCCACUCUGGCGACCCUGAUCGUGGCCUACUGUCUCCACUGAGCACUGAGCACUGAGCCCUUAGCACUGAGCAUGGGUGCUCAUCCCCACACCACCACCCUUUCCUCAAGCAAGGACGAAGUGUCAUCGGCAACCGGAAAGCUUUAACUUAUUUAUUGUCAUUCUGUGGGACACGAGAUUCAAUUGGAUUUAUAAGACCAGCCCCGAUCAGACGGUUCUCUUUAUAUAUUUUGUAAAAAAAAAAAUCGAAUUUUUGAUAUAUACUCGUAGUUCUGUUAGAUUUCAAACUAAGCCAACAAUAAAUGUACCAAACCAUUAAAACACA